AUGACAGAUCAGGAUUUGCGAAUUUUACCUUCGAAGGCAGCAUAUGCUGCAUUUGACGCAGGAUGGAGUACAUACAGCGCACCCUGCACUUGGCUCGAAAAUACAAAGACUACAUUGAACGAUAAAUUGAAUGGGCACGACAGUGUCAAAGCUUAUGUAGAUCAAAUUGUAAAAGCAUGGUGCAUUGUACUAAAUUCAGGGGGAAUGCGUACCUUAGGGAGUACGUAUUGUUUUCCCUUUUAUUAUUGGUUAGGGGACAUAUUAAUUAACAAAUUUAAAGUGAACGAAUCAUUUUUGAGUAUUAUGAAAACAAUCUACGACGAAUUUAAAAAAAUUCCUGGCGGAGAAAUUUCUGGCUCAGAAAAUGCUUGUGCAAUUAUAUAUGAUGACAGUAAAAUUGACAAGGACACUUUCAAUGAAAUGAAAGCAGUAUAUGAAUAUUCUCAAGACCAUAAUAAAAUAAAACAACAUCUGAAGACAAGAGGCAAUUUCUGUUCUGAACAAUAUAAGAAACACCUAACGAACAUUAAAUCAGCUUACGAAGAACUGAAUAAAAAAUGUCCAGAUAGCCGAAGUAGUAGUAGUAGUGGUGAUAAACACUGUCAGGAAUAUAAUAGAACAUAUAAAAAAUGCAUUCAGAACAGGCUAUCAGAAUUGACAUGCAACAUAAUACCCCAGGAGGAAUCAUCGGAGGGGCCCCAACAUGCAUCAAUCCAAUUACAAACAGGGGAAGUAAAUUCCUCCAGUGGAACCAUCCCUACGACUGCCAUAUCAUCCGUUUUUUCUGUCCUAGGAAUUGGCGUCGUCGCUACCUUUUUAUAUAAGAUUUGGCACUUGAUAAUUCUACCAUAUAUGAUGGACGACAAUCACGAGCACCUCAAAGAAGAAGAAGGAAGAAUGAUUUCCCUGAACAGAAACAAGGAAGAAAUGUGGCUUAUCACCCUACAUAAUGCCUCUACAGAGGAAAAGAAAUAA